AUGAGAUGGCUACCCGCUAAGCUUGAAAGAAGCUUCUCGUUAGAAGAAGGGGACAAGAGUCAGAAAGGAGAUGGCGAGGCACGUGAAGAGGCAUCGGAAAAGGCUACUGGAAGUCAUUUCUGGGCAAUGCAUGCAGGGAAGAAGAAAAAUUCUUCAGGUCAGUUUUCACUUUUCAGGUGAGCAGAUACUCCUUUCCUGCCAACAAGCACGUAGUAACAUAAUCACAGGUAAUUGAUGAAAUAAGCGCUCUUGAUUUUAGGUUAAGUGUGGUCUCAUCAAACCGUUUUCUAGCCUGCGAGCAAGCUCUCCUAUUUGGGCAAGCGAAGCGAGCCUCGCGAGAACGCGCGAGCGAGGGGCCGAGGAAAGGAAAGCUUGCAACCAUCUCUCAUAAAUUUCCAUUUCCACCCCGGAAAUACCGGGACUCCGCAAAGCGUGAAAACUGUCACCGCAAACGUGCCGCAGAUUAGAAAAGUGACAACCGCCUGUCAAGUAAGUUUAGACAGCCGAGGGCGCGUAGAAUUAUUUAUUUAUAAAUCGCUUUCGCAACAGCAUCAAAGAAAUGUUUUUAAUCACUUAUGUUUUUUUUUACGGGGACAUCGAACUUCAACGUGUCAGCUCGGAUAAGAACUCACUACUUUGAUUCUCGUUUCGUUUACUUUUGAAAAGUUCAUUUUCCUUCCGCAGGAACUACAAACUCGGUCCGACUUAUCCUCGGCACACAAUAUUCUCUUUGCGAGAAUUACAUCAAACGAGCCCGUCUGCAUUGAGGGCUGAAACAAUUCCUCGGUACCAAUCUGAUCCCCCUGAGAACCAAAUUUGACACACCGACGAAGCGGGUGCCAGCUUGGCCUGUUAUUAGUCAACUUUGAUUUCCGGAAUGUCAUUUUUCAGCCAAUGGUAUUUCCCUUCGUCUGGGCAAAGUACAAAUGAAAAUUUGUAAGGGAUGGUUGCAAGCUCUCCUUUCCUCUGCCCCUCGCGGCUUCGCCGCUCGCUCGCGCGUUCUCGCGAGACUCGUUUAACUCGCCUGAAUAGGAGAGCUUGCUCGCAGGCUAACCGUUUUCGAAAUGUGCAAGUGUGCCGUGGAGAAGGGCACAGAGAAAGUUCUAAGCAUAACCAAUAAGGAAACAGUGUGGUGGUCUUUGCUGUGGCGGAGUACAGUAACCUGUGCUGUGACAUGUGGAUCGAAAAACAUUUCUUUUACUUGUAAUUCAACACUAUCUGCGGAGUCUUGAGGCCUCGAGACACGAACGUACUUUCACCAUUUCCUGCUUACUUCGGGUGCGAUUUUACAUCUUACUUUCUGGAAAGAGGAGUAAAUUGACCGCGCUUGGAAUGCGUAUCAAGAAGUUAAGGUAUUGUUCUGGUGGUCAAGCUCACCCCAUUAGAAAUCAGGGGCACCCAACGACCGAAUGUUUUCAAGUAUGUCAAAAUAAUUUUCUCUGUCCUUUCUCUGUCUGUUCGGUUGUCUUAAGUUAAUUUUGGUCUUCUCGAAAAAUUUUGUCGCUUUUUCGUCUCAUCCGAAACUGUGCCUACCCUGAUGGGUCCGGUGAAAAGUUCGAGGAUAUGGAGUAGCCGCACGUUUACUAGAAGAUUCCGUGGGACGUUUUGUCUUUACUGUAUACUGAAAUGUCCAGGAGACCUUUUUUUAACAAAAAUAGCAAUGUUUUGGAAAUAGAAUGUGAAAACAAAACCUCCAAAAUCGUAGGUAAGUUAGUAGAAAAACUUCGAAUAUCUCAGACGAAUGGAACGGUUGUCCACAAAUUUUUAACCUUUUUCGAACUUUUGAAAUCUCUGGGGAAUAUUUGCUUCCUCAAACAGUUAUCGAAAAAGUCCUUGGGUGCCCCUGUAGAGAACCGCGUCUUCAACAGUAUCUGUCAUUGAGUGAUUUGUUGUUCGUCUUUAUGACAAAAACAUGUCUGCCAGCAAGGUCAGCGCUUCAAGAAGAGAGCUCUACACCAACAAGGGGCGACCAUUGA